AUGUGGACCCGCGACUCGCCCUGCCGCCUUGUGGCAAUUCAUCCCGUUCAUCGCCGUGACAUGCAUUCAGAAUAUGUCAUGGCCUACUUUUACCAGAACUGCUCGGACAGUUCGAACCGGCAGGCCAAGGCGCUGCGACUGCUCCGAUCCUCGGCCAAAAAGGGCUUUGACGGUGCCAAGGUUCGCCUUGGAGCCUACCUCACCAGGCUGUCGCAGAAUCAGGACCACGCUCAUGAAAUCUUCAACUCGUACCUGGAUGCCGCGAGGAACUUGCAUCCAGAUGCCCAGUUCCAUCUUGCAAAUUGCUACGAACUGGGACUCGGGGUCGUGCCAAGCAUCAGCACCGCAUUGAAGCUGUACGCUGACGCUGCAAACAAUGGGCAUCACAAAGCAUCGAUGUGGGUCGCCCGAUACUGCGAACGUGACCGAAAUCCGCGCUUGAGCCUGGGAAGAGCCUUGGGUUGGUAUCAGCGUGCCGCCGACCUGUGGUAUCCCGAAGCCGAGUACAAACUCGGCCAGUUCUACGAGACCGGACAAGACGUAGCGAUGGAUUUGUCCGUGGCGCUCUACUGGUACCAGAAGGCCGCCAAACAGGGCCAUGUGCUGGCUCAACACGCACUGGGCCAGAUCUAUGAAAAGGGAACCGGCGUCGGGGGCGCGGACCUGCUCUUGGCACUCGAGUGGUUCACAUUUGCUGCGAAGCAGAACCACGAGCCAUCCAAGCAGGCCUCGCUCCGACUCUGGACGCUGCUGGCCAACCAGGGAAGCUCCGAAUUCCAACUCAAGCUGGCAGAGAUUUACGAACAUGGUACCAGCGUACCGAGGGACCUGGGUGCUGCCUUCUCGUGGUAUUCGAAGGCAGCCGAAAACAGCCCCGAGGGUCUGUACCAUCUUGGCCGCUGCUACAGUACAGGGGUUGGAUGUCAGCCGAAUCCAUCACUGGCGUUUGACUAUUACAGACAAGCCGCGGAUAGGGGACACACCGAGGGCCGAUACAACACUGCACGUUGCUACGAAGACGGCCUCGGAACGGACAAAAACCAGAACGAAGCUAUGGUACAUUACGAGCAAGCAGCACUGCAGGGACACAAACGGGCGUGCCACGAUCUGGGCCGGUGCUUCGAGAACGCUAUCGGCACAGUCAAGGAUCCGAUCAAAGCGUUCACAUGGUACCAGAAGGCCGCGGAUAUGGGUGUGGCCGAAUCGAUCUGGCAUGUUGGACGAUGUCACGAGAGAGGAAUCGGCACCACCCAGGAUCAUCAGGCGGCCUUCAAGCGCUAUCGGGACGCAGCCAAGUCUGGGAACCACAGCGCGAUGCUCGAUCUCGGCCGAUGCCAUGAACAAGGGCUCGGGACUGUAAUGGACCAGGAGGCUGCUCUCAAGUGUUACCACUGCGCCAUUGAAAGCAACGUCGCAGGCGCCCAGGAAGCCUAUCAAGCUCUGCAGCGUGCACUCAAUCCCGAACACCCAGCAGCGCAGCCCCAGGCGCCGCUCGAAUGGUUCACCGUAAGCGAAAGACGCUACACAGGCGACCAAGUGGAUCCAGAGUACUCACAAGGCCCUUGGUCUGCAGCAACGGAUGAGCACUGGACAAACAGCUGCACUUCAGCUUGA